AUGGUGAGGUCCUUUGAGUCUGUUACCCAAACUCUGGUGUCGAGGUUGGGUUGGCUGUCUAGGUGUCUGGUCUCGGUGGGUGUCUUGGUCGCCCUGAUCGUCUCAGAGGUCCUUUGCACAGAGGUCCUUUGCACAGAGGUCCUUUGCACAGAGGUCCUUUGCACAGAGAUACUUUGCAAGAAACGGCUGGCGGAGGUACUGAUGUACGCGCCGCCCCAUGCUGAGCAUUCUAGCUUUCAGCUAUCCACAGUUUUGACUGUGCAUACAUGCGUCACAAGCGAGAACAUUUCUUCGAUCUCGGUUUUCCAGGUUACGAUACUGUACCUACAAUGCAAAUCCACUGCAUAA